GCUUACGUCAAGGGUCAAAGUUGAAUUAAAGCAAAACAGGCAACAUGGAGGCGCGAAGCGUACGUGCUUCGAAAAAGUCUAAAAAAGGUGAUGCUCGUGUCAAAGCCCUGAGUGCCGAGGAGGAAGCCAGAAGGAGAGAAGCCAUCAGGGAAACACUGAGAGAGAAAUUGGAGCUUGAGCAAAGAGCUUUGAAAGUGGUGGAGAGUCUUAUUGAGGAAGGCAUUGCUGAGGACUUCCUGCUUGAAUGUGCCUGCUUGAUCACUCCUGCAAAUUACAAAGAUGUUGUGGAGGAAAGGUCCAUUUCUAAACUGUGUGGUUACCCGAUAUGUCCGAAUAAACUGUCCAAGGUUCCUAGUCAACAGUAUAAAAUAUCAACAAAAACUAAUAAGGUGUACGACAUCACAGAGCGAAAGUGUUUUUGUAGUAACUUCUGCUAUAAAGCCUCCAAACAGUUUGAGCUGCAAAUAUCCAAGACCCCUCUGUGGCUUCGAAAGCAUGAGAGUCCACCACAUAUCAAGCUAAUGAAAAGAGGGGAGAGUGGGAGCUUUGGUGAGGAAGUGUUGCUCUCAGAGCGCAGGCUUCAGGAGGAUGACAUUGAAAACCCUCAGACGGCUCAUCCUGCAGACUCUCAGCAGCAGACUGCCGCCGACCUUCCCUCUCACAGCGACGGCAGCGAGGAUGAAAAUGAUCAGGACUUCGUGUCCAGCGUCGUCUCCCAGAGACCAAAACCGAAGGUGCACUGGGAUGACCUGCCGAAACGUUCUGACAAAAACAAUGGGAUGGUUAAGAAAAAGAAGGAAAUCAAUCAUGAAAACACACCCUGUCCAAAAGAAGAUCAGGAAGAUGAAAGGAGAGAAGAUAAUGAAAAACCCCUGUUGUUAGACCCAUCAGGGGAAGAGAAGGAAGUCGAUGUUGCUACCAGAAACAUGGAAAAGGUCAGUUUACAGACUCAUGUUCAGUGUCAGACAGAAAUCAGUCCAAAUCCAGCGCUGCCUGUGGACAGCGCCCCCUCCUGUGACUCAGGGCUCAGUAUUGUCCAGGUGAGUAUGAGCAGACGAGGUGCAGCGGGUCUUAGGAGUCUGCUGAAGAACUACUGCGCUGAGGUGAAGCCCGAUUCCGUCCGGCUGAAUCUCCUCAAGUGCCUGAGAACAACAAUAACCGAAUGGGCCACAGACGAAACCCUGAAGUUCUUAUAUGGCGAUGAAUACUCAAAGAAAGACUCCAGAGUGACAGAAGAGGUGGAAGAGGAGGAGUUGGAUGAAGACGACCUGGAAGUUGAGGAUGUGACUCGCGAGGAGAAAAAAGCAGCAGCCGAGGGGCCACCAUCAGGGGCCACCCCAGACUAUGACACACUGAAGCGAGAGGCUGAGCUCAGGCAGCUGCAGGUCAGAGAGUUCUAUAAAGGAACGUGGGUGUUGCCAGAGGAGAGUUCGGAUGAGGCCUGUCAACGGACGCCGGCUCUGCCUCUGGUCGACUCAAAAGCUCAACAUGCCAUUCAGAAGCGAAUCACAGUGGAGAAACUCACCAGCUGCUUAAGAAUCUUUGUUGGUCCGCUGGGCCUCACCAUGACUGACGUCAUCAGCGACCUCAAUAACCUGGUCAGAACGUUCAGAUUCACCAACAAAAACAUCAUCCACAAAACCCCAGAGUGGACCUUGAUCGCCGUGGUGCUGCUUCACUUGCUGUCUGAAGUGUCGCCGGUGAUCAUGGAGGCGCUGAAGACGACGUCAUCUGUGGAGUAUCUCAGCACCUUGAUGGAGGAGCUCGGGCUUCAGGAGCAGGACCUCCUGAGCCUGGUUCAAAUGUUGAAAGUCCCCUCACAUUAAUCUGUGCACUUUUAUUAGAGUAAAAUCAUGUGUCUAGUUUUGAAU